CAACACGGCCUUGUUGUUGACCGUCAAAGUUCAAUAUGGCGGGAAGUAAAGUGAAUUGAGGAUUUCUUGAAAUCGUUGCCAAGAAAGCAAUAAACAUGACUUCCACUCCAGAAGUCAUUCAAGCUCGCCGGACAGAAUCCUUGGAUGCACCAGAGAUUUUAAAACUUGUCAGUGCAACAACAGAGAAGCUCUUUGGCCGUGUGAAUGUCGUGAAUAUUAUUGAAAAAGCCAGUCUGGCUGUGACAUUGGUUAAUGCUAACAAUGAUGUAAUGGGUCAUGCUGCAUUCUUUGAUUAUCCUAACUUGCCGAGUGUGGACCCAGGCAAAUGGGAAGAAUGGCUUCACUCAAAGUACGAUUGCAAAAAAUGCAAUCCUCUGAACACUCUCUUCAUGAACUACUUUGUAGCCAAGUCUGAUUUUGCAUAUGGUUGUGCAACAGAAAUUAUUAGAACGGUGUUUAAUGCUGUUCCAUUCCUACAUUACAUUUUCCUUGUUGUACCAAGGGGAGUUGAGACAGGAUCAACACUGACUGAGUUGUUUAAACCAAUGACAUUUAAGGAGAGUUUUACAGGGAGAUUGAAUGUUGAAGUGCAAGUCUGUCAUCGUCAUGAUCACUGUGCCAAGUUACACAUCAGACCAGCAAGGGUAGAGGAUCAUGAUGACCUCACACCAAUAUUCAAUCGACAAAGUGAUGUCCUCACUUCUACAUAUGGGGCCUUCUUCUUGGCUGAACUCAUAGAGGCUCAAGAUGAAAAAAAUAAGUGCGUUGUCGCAGAUUUUACCCCUUGCAAAGUAUCAGCCAAUACAAACCUAUACUUUACAGUAAACUCAGCAUUAAAAGCAUCAUUCUCAAUGUUUCUCUUAAUGUACAGUGAAAAAGCCAGUCUGGCUGUGACAUUGGUUAAUGCUAACAAUGAUGUAAUGGGUCAUGCUGCAUUCUUUGAUUAUCCUAACUUGCCGAGUGUGGACCCAGGCAAAUGGGAAGAAUGGCUUCACUCAAAGUACGAUUGCAAAAAAUGCAAUCCUCUGAACACUCUCUUCAUGAACUACUUUGUAGCCAAGUCUGAUUUUGCAUAUGGUUGUGCAACAGAAAUUAUUAGAACGGUGUUUAAUGCUGUUCCAUUCCUACAUUACAUUUUCCUUGUUGUACCAAGGGGAGUUGAGACAGGAUCAACACUGACUGAGUUGUUUAAACCAAUGACAUUUAAGGAGAGUUUUACAGGGAGAUUGAAUGUUGAAGUGCAAGUCUGUCAUCGUCAUGAUCACUGUGCCAAGUUACACAUCAGACCAGCAAGGGUAGAGGAUCAUGAUGACCUCACACCAAUAUUCAAUCGACAAAGUGAUGUCCUCACUUCUACAUAUGGGGCCUUCUUCUUGGCUGAACUCAUAGAGGCUCAAGAUGAAAAAAAUAAGUGCGUUGUCGCAGAUGUGAAGGGCACUGCUGUCGGCUUUAUGAGUGUUUGCUCAACUGUUGAUGUAGAAUUGCUGAGCAAUUGUUUUGACCUCAAACCAUUUAAUGGCUUGCGAAAAUUACGAGGGUCAACUCCACCCAGAGUGGCAAGUCCUGAGAAAGUAUCAAGGUUGACACCAUUAGAGGAGCAAGUAUCAAAGUCAACUCCAAGGUCGUCUCCAAUUGAACAACAAGAAGAAAGGUCAGAAGACUCCCGAACUGAUCUGGAAAAAGUUGAGAAAGAAGAAGUGCAGGUACAGGCUGUAUCGUUAAUUUUUACCCCUUGCAAAGUAUCAGCCAAUACAAACCUAUACUUUACAGUAAACUCAGCAUUAAAAGCAUCAUUCUCAAUGUUUCUCUUAAUGUACAGUGAAAAAGCCAGUCUGGCUGUGACAUUGGUUAAUGCUAACAAUGAUGUAAUGGGUCAUGCUGCAUUCUUUGAUUAUCCUAACUUGCCGAGUGUGGACCCAGGCAAAUGGGAAGAAUGGCUUCACUCAAAGUACGAUUGCAAAAAAUGCAAUCCUCUGAACACUCUCUUCAUGAACUACUUUGUAGCCAAGUCUGAUUUUGCAUAUGGUUGUGCAACAGAAAUUAUUAGAACGGUGUUUAAUGCUGUUCCAUUCCUACAUUACAUUUUCCUUGUUGUACCAAGGGGAGUUGAGACAGGAUCAACACUGACUGAGUUGUUUAAACCAAUGACAUUUAAGGAGAGUUUUACAGGGAGAUUGAAUGUUGAAGUGCAAGUCUGUCAUCGUCAUGAUCACUGUGCCAAGUUACACAUCAGACCAGCAAGGGUAGAGGAUCAUGAUGACCUCACACCAAUAUUCAAUCGACAAAGUGAUGUCCUCACUUCUACAUAUGGGGCCUUCUUCUUGGCUGAACUCAUAGAGGCUCAAGAUGAAAAAAAUAAGUGCGUUGUCGCAGAUGUGAAGGGCACUGCUGUCGGCUUUAUGAGUGUUUGCUCAACUGUUGAUGUAGAAUUGCUGAGCAAUUGUUUUGACCUCAAACCAUUUAAUGGCUUGCGAAAAUUACGAGGGUCAACUCCACCCAGAGUGGCAAGUCCUGAGAAAGUAUCAAGGUUGACACCAUUAGAGGAGCAAGUAUCAAAGUCAACUCCAAGGUCGUCUCCAAUUGAACAACAAGAAGAAAGGUCAGAAGACUCCCGAACUGAUCUGGAAAAAGUUGAGAAAGAAGAAGUGCAGCCAACACAAGGGGCAACCUUUGAAGAAAGUGCAUUCUGUAUCCAGCUGUUCUGCAUUGAUGAAAAAUAUGAAAUGAGGUCUAUAGAUUUUCUUCCAGCUGUUUUCGACUUGUUUCCAGAAAAAGAUUACUGCAUUCUCACGACGCCUCAUCUUGUACCAGAGUUUCCACUUCUGCAAUCAUUUGUCAGAGUUACUCCAAGGAAGUACAGUACUUUAUCACACGAGCUGUACGUCUUUCACAGAUGGGGUCUCAUUGAGUCAUUUCAUGUCAGACCCUGUACUUCAGCUGAUACAGACGGGAUUCGGUCAGUUGUUUCACAGCUCAAUGGAGCAGACAUAAUAAUGAGAGAUGUUCAACAGUACAACAGUGAUCGGAGAGACGCAGAUGGCAUAGAAAUUCAAUGUUUUGUAGCACAGAGUAUGGAUCAAGUUGUGGGCGUUGCACUUCUCAGACGAGAAGAGGAGAUCGAAUACAUCCGUUCUCAUUUUAACAUUGAAGACUUUAUCUACUUCAAUCACCACAAAAGAGAUGAACACGCUCAUUUAUUCCAUUUUGCUCUGAAUCCUGUAUUCCAGCAAUACUCCAAACACUUUCUCAAGUGGCAACCAAUCAUUCUUGGUAGAGCUUCUCGAUCGAGGGAAGGCCUGAGUGCUGGUGCGUGGAAAAUAGCUCGUCGCCAAAUCAUUUACCCGUUGGAUCAACUUGGUGGAAAUGCCCCGUCAGAACGGAUUUUAGCAAACAAGGAACCGUUUUCCUUGACGCAUUUGAACAGAAAACUGACUUUGGAACCAAAGGUCACCAUCAAUGCUCGCAUUGUAGUUGUUGGAGCAUCAGAUGUGGGAAUCUCUUUUCUUGAAACUUUUGUGUUUUGCCCACAUCUUCGUUUUAACAAUCUGACGCUGGUCUCUACCCAUGGAAUGCCGGGCCAAUUGAAUCCCGAUGAAUUGCGUUCAAAAUGCCUUCCUUCAAGUCAGUGCUAUACUCAAGAGGAUUUGGUGCACAUGGCGUUGGAGACCUGGGUCAAAAUUGUUGAAGGGAAACUCAUAGCACUUGACAGGACCAACCAAGUCAUAAAGGUGACCGGGGGAGCCUUUGUUCCUUACGAGUACCUCAUCUUAUGCACUGGGCAACAGUUUCAAAUCCCAGUUCCAACUGGUGCUGAUAUCUCCACUCUGGUCACUACAAGUGAGGUGGUAAUACCCAAAGUGCCACGGUACACGGGCCCUCUGCCCUCAGCAAUCUUCACUAUCACUACUGAACGGGACUGUGAGAACGCGUUGAACUAUAUCCGGGGGGACUUCCUUACAGGGUCAGGUAAUGCUCUCGUGUAUGGGAACACUCUGGAAGCGUUCUCCAUGGUGCAAACACUACUCGCUGUAGGAGUCCCUGGAUCACGUGUUGUGCUCGUGCAGCCUCCAGUUUCGAUACCAACCUGUUUUAACAACCCGUUUGUCGAGGACGCGGUAACCGCUGCACUGAAGGAAUGCGGUGUCGCGUGUCAUGUCGGCUUCACACUCGCCCAGUGGAAUGACGGGAAGGUUAAUGAGCCUCUGUCACGUGCUACAUUUACAUCAGAAAACAAACCACUGAGUGUGAACUGUGAGGUANCUGGAUCACGUGUUGUGCUCGUGCAGCCUCCAGUUUCGAUACCAACCUGUUUUAACAACCCGUUUGUCGAGGACGCGGUAACCGCUGCACUGAAGGAAUGCGGUGUCGCGUGUCAUGUCGGCUUCACACUCGCCCAAUGGAAUGACGGGAAGUUUAAUGAGCCUCUGUCACGUGCUACAUUUACAUCAGAAAACAAACCACUGAGUGUGAACUGUGAGGCGUUCUUUUGCUUUCAAGCCAAAAAGGUUGACUACGACGCGUUCAAAGCCAUCAAUGACAGCUGCCUAGUGUUUGAUGGGAGACUAGUCAUUGAUGCAGACUUUCACACUAAUGACUCUUGCAUCAGAGCUGCUGGGCCGCUAACCAAGUUCCAAAGAAGAUACCAUGCAGAAUCUUGGACUCAUGGAAACUUCAACUCUAAAGAGGUUGGCGAGGAACUGGCCCAGUCUCUGUUGACCCUGUUUGACCCCACCCUCGACGGGAUGCUUCUUGACACGGAGACAUCGCAGGAGCAACAGCUUCUUAUACCCAUGUACACUAAACCAAAGACAGUCUGCACUGUACUACCAGGGGGAUACAAUUACUUACAAGUUGGUAAACCGAGUCUGAAUAUUCCGCUAGAUGCUCACAUGGUACAACCUGAAUAUGGAAGGGAACUUGUAACAGGGAGCGCCCUUGAACCAGAACAGCAGCAGGGCUAUUUCCGCCUGCACGUUAAUCAGCACCAUUCCAUAGAGACGAUCACGUGUUACACUCGCCAGGUGCUUGAUACAAGCAAUCUUGUGUGCUUGUUUGGCCUUCAUGAGCGAUAUCUAAACAACCUGCUCCAACGAUUCGACGAAGGGCUUAUAAAUGAUUUCUACAGUUUCUUCCGUGAGUCCUGGUGUCUUGCCGUGUUCCACGACAGAUUUAAAGAUUUCAGAGACGAAAUCAGGGAACUUCUCGUCGCAAAACCUUCAGCGGACGUCCCGUCCCUGGAGGAGAAAGUACGCAAAAUGAUAGACGAAGACUUGGUGUUAUCCAAAGACCAGCGCCGUGUCCUCACGGACUCUUACGUAGCGUCAACUGCAAAGAAAACAAUCGAGCAAAGAUUGCUGGGAUUCCUCAGUUACAAUUCCAAUCACUUACCCAUGUAUGCCAAACCUGGCAUGGUGUGAUGUCUUACGUGACGUCAGAUUUCCUUUUGUGUAUAUAGGUGUCAUGACAUAUCGGUACUUUUUUGUGACGCCAGUGUUAUGCAAGACUGUUAUGACAGAGAACAUGGCAGACUUGAGAAACUUGCCAUGUUUUGUGUAAAUAUUGAUAAUGAUUUGUUUUCUUAGUGUUAUCAGUUUAAAGGGAAUUGAUCUGGAAAACUGUUAUAUCGGGAUUUAGCUAUGUAAUAUUUAUAAGUAUUUGGGUGUUCCUAACUUUACUGUACAACCUGACAAAAUGUCAAAAUUGUAUCACUGUGAACGCACGAUAUUUGCGUCACUUUCGUUGGUUUGUUACGAAUGGUAAGUUGACUUAUGAAUAGCUGCGAAAAAAUAUCACUUCCUUGAGACCUCCAUAAAGAGGUGCUUAAGACCUUGUUUGAAAUUGCCCGUUACUGUUCCUGAAGUUUAUAUUUUAUGAAAUGGGAUUACUCCAAAUCUUCAAUAUUGUACUACUGCUUGCUAGUGGGGUUGAUGAAGUGAGGGGUUGAUCCACAUCUCCAGGGACAUACAAUUACUUGCAAGUGGGGUUUGUGCUGAGGUGAUGUCGCUUUCUGGGGUAAUUCAGAAAAAAAAUCUUUCGUUCAGUACAUAUUGUCAGUGAUCCAGAUCUCCAGUAACAUACCACUGCUUGCUAGCGGGUUUUUGCGUUGGGUUGAUGCACUUUUAUGGCUAUGAAUUAUUUUCUUUAAGUGCAAAUUUCCUUUCCUUCCAUGGUGCUGGCGAAAUCGACUUUCCUUGCACGUUUUUUUAAGCGCUUUGAUAAUAAUCGGUUAAUUACGUGCGUGUCGUUACAGACAAAAGUAGUAUCUAAGGGUGCUUUUCUUUGGGAAAAUCUACGUUUAAUCCCAAAACGGAUUUUACGUUUCUUUACUAAACAGAUUAAUUCGAGAUCACUCGAUACAUGGUGCAUCAAAGGAACCGAGGAAUCUUCGCCCAGAGUGGAUUAUUCAGUUCCUUUGAUGCACCAUGAUCUGAAUGAUCUUGGAAUAAUAUAUUUAGUAAAGAAAUGCAAAAUCGAUUUUGGAUGUAAGAAUCCAAUCGUGGAUUUUCCCAAAAAACGCACCCUAAAACUGUGGUCGCAAAGUACUGCUCAAAUGCAAUGUCGGUUAAAGAAAAUACUGGAAACAUGUGUUCUUUAACCCACUUUUUGCCAUUUGUAAAUACAGCUAUAAUGAAAAAAUCAUUACAUUUUGCGUUUUUUACACUUUGCAAAUGAGUGAAAAUGUGGUCAUCGCAUGUGUAAUUGCAAUUUAAGCAAUUGCAAACUACAUGUAAGCCAGAAAAAUGGAAAAAAAAAAUUCAGCGCUUCAGCGGGUUUUGAACUCGUAGCCUGUGCUGUUGAGCUGCAGCGCUCUAUCAAUUGAGUUAUGAAGACGGGCUGACCAAUAUGUAGAGGACAGGCUAGAAAAUUUAUUACAUUUUGCGUUGAAAAGUUAUUACAUUUUUGGUAAACACUUAAUUACUUUUUGCGUCAAUUUCAUUGCAUUUUGCGUUAAUGUUACGUUUUGCGUUAAUAUUACAUUUUGCGUUGGCCCCUAUUACAUUUUGCAGCAUACCAGCUGCGAUUUUGAAAACUGCAAAGAAACAACUGUGGACCGUCAAUAAAACUGUUAAAAGUUCCA